AUGGAACUGAAGGCAGCUGCCUUGAUCGUCAGCCUCUUGGCCAUUGCAGGGGCCCAGGCGGAUGUCAGUGCCGACCAGGUGGCGGAUGUGGUGUGGAACUACUUCACUCAACUGGGCAGCAACGCCCAGGAGAAGGUGGAUCAGCUCCAGCAGUCGGAGAUCAGCCAACAGCUCCAGACCCUCUUCCAGGACAACGUCCAGACAGUCAGCAUGUACACCGGGGACCUGAAGAAGCAGCUGAUUCCCUUCGCCACAGAGCUGCACGCGCGGCUGACGGAGGAAUCCCGGAAGCUGAAGGAGCAGAUCCAACAGGAGAUGGAGCAGCUCCAAGCCCGGAUGUCCCCCUUUGCCGAUGACGUCCACCAGCAGAUCAGCAAGAACAUCCAGGAGCUGCAGACCAAGCUGGCCCCUUAUGCGGAGGAGCUGGGUGUGCAGGUGGAGAAGAGCACCGCAGACCUGCGCCAGCAGAUGGUCCUCCUGAGGCAGAAUGUGCAGGCCAAGCUCGAAGAGAACAUUGGCAGCCUCCAGAGCUCCCUCACCCCGUACGCCGACGAGCUGCAGCAGCAGAUCAACCAGAAGGUGGAGGACACCAAGAGGCAACUGGCCCCCUAUGCCGACGAGAUCAAGGCCAAGGUGGACGAGAGUGUGGAAGAGCUGCGCAAGAGCUUGAGCCCCUACGCCCAGGAGAUGCAAGAGCAGCUGACCCGCCAGCUGGAGGGGCUCUCCUUCCAGAUGAAGAAGAGUGUCGAGGACCUGCGCUCCCAGCUCUCGGAACAAACUGAGCAGCUGCGCCUGAAGCUCAGCCCGUAUGCCCAGGAGCUGCAGCAGAAGCUGGAGGAGGGCGGGGCGGACCUGCGGGAGUCCCUGGCCCUCUACGCCCAAGGCCUGGACGGCAAGGUCGGCCAGCAGGUGGAAGAGUUCCGCCAGGCCGUGAUGCUCCAAGGGCAGAACUUGAACAGGCAGCUGGUGCAGAAAAUGGAGGAGAUGCGGCAGAAGCUGGAGCCGCACACUGACACUGUGGGAGACCACCUCGUCUUCCUGGAGAAGGAUGUGAGGGACAGGUUCAGCUCCUUCUUCGACAGCCUGAGGCAGCUCGGAAACUAAGAGGGGCCCUUUCUGCUUCCGACACAACCCGUCACAGCCCAACAUCCCUUAUUUCCGGCUCCAGAGCAGCGUUCCUAGAUAACGUCUUCUUUGCUUCCCACCCUCUCCAAGGACAGGAAUGAGAAGCCAGCAGGAUUCAGAACUGUGUGGCUGAGCAUUAAGGGGGCCCUUUGUCCCAAAUGUAGGCGAGGGGCACCUCCCCCUCCUCUCGGUGCGGCCCGUUCCCAUGCAGAGUCAGAGAUGUGGAUGAAAUAAAGGAGCCCCUUUGCAAUG